AUGGCUGAAGGGCGGCGUCCAGGUUGCCCGGACAAGUGCGGCGACAUCAGCAUCCCCUUCCCGUUUGGCAUCGGCACCGGCUGCUUCCGGGAUGGCUUUGAGGUCUUGUGCAACCACUCCUCGGGUAUCCCUCGCCUCUUCUUUUCCAUCAACGUAAUACACAAGGGCAAUGAUGAUUCGUCGCCCCUCGAGCUGCUGAGCAUAUCAGUAGACACGGGCGGGGCACGAGCGUUAGCCCCGGUGUCGCACCGCUGCAGCACAAAUGAUACUACGUCCCUCUCCACGGACCUUACUAUUGGUUUAGGCGGCACGCCGUUCGCCUUGUCGGCGCGUAACAUUCUCAUCGGCGUCGGCUGGAGCGCCGUGCCUAGACUGUAUUAUUUUGACCCUUCGGAGCUCCAAUUCUCUUGCCUCGCGUAUAAUAUCAUGUUCAGUGGAGAUAGGGGGAACGGGGCCUGCACGGAGGGCUGCUGCGAGUUCGCCCCUGCGCGGGUCGCCAGGGUAUUGCAAUUGCAUGUCGAUUUUGGUUAUGCCGCUAACGCGAUGUGGCCAAUCCUCCCGUGCGCCUACGGCAUGUUGGUGGACAAGUCAUGGUACAAGUACUAUACGGCGGACAUGUACAACUACACUCUACUCAACAGAACCACCAUGGGCGUCCCACUCGCGCUUGAUUUCGCCGCCGGUGAGGCUGCGUGUCCGGCAAAAGGACAGCCGCCGCCUCCGGACUAUGCCUGCGUCAGCGGCAACAGUUCUUGUGCCAACGCAACCUUUACUCCUGGAUAUAUCUGCAAGUGCUGGGACCAUUACGCUGGCAACCCUUACGUCCCUGACGGCUGCCAAGGCCUUGCUGCUUUAGUUGUGGUAAUUGUCCUCAUGGUUGUGGCACAUCAACUCCUCAAACUCAGAAAAUUCUAUAAACAAAAUGGUGGUCCAAUACUAGAAGGUGUCAAGAAUAUAAGGAUCUAUACAAGCAAACAACUUAAGCAGAUGACAAAUAACUACAGGGUUGUUAUUGGAGAGGGCCAUUUUGGUAAGGUUUAUAUGGGGACUCUAAAAGACACACAACAAGUGGCUAUAAAGAAGACCAUCAAAGUUAAUGAAGCUAGCAAAAAGGACUUCAUUGCUGAGAUUAUAAUCCAAUCUGGAAUGAGGCACAAGAACAUUGCCAGGCUCUUAGGUUGUUGCUUAGAGAUGGAUGUUCCAAUGUUGAUGUAUGAGUAUGUAGUGAAAGGGAGUCUGUAUGAUGUUCUGUUCAAAAGCAAAGACAACGUUCCAGUGGAUACCCGCCUCAGGAUUGCCAUUGGUUCCGCCGAAGGCUUGGCAUACAUGCAUUCAGCAGUGGAGAGUACCAUCCGUCACGGUGAUGUUAAAUCUGCUAAUAUACUUCUUGAUGCAAGAUUCACCCCAAAAAUUUCAGACUUUGGGACCUCAAAGCUGCUUGCAAGAGGAAAUUCUGUGCAGACGGAAUGGGUCACUGGAGACAAGGCUUACAUAGAUCCAGCAUACAUGGUCCAUGGGAUAGUUACACAGAAGAGUGAUGUAUACAGCUUUGGAAUUGUUCUCAUAGAGCUUAUCACAAGGAGGGUUGCAAUAUAUGAUGACAAUAUGAGUUAUGCAAAAAAUUUUGUUCUAGCUUGUCAAGAUCAAAGAGUAAGGAACUUUGUUGAUAAUGAUAUUACAAGCGAGAAUGAUAUGGAGAUCCUGGAAAUGGUUAGCAAAGUCGCUCUGGAGUGUCUUAAACUUAAUCCUGAGGAACGCCUAGAUAUGACGCAAGUAGAAAACCGUCUCCGUAAUAUAGGGCAAUCUGAAUAACAUGGACAAGAGAGGAUUUAUCAGGGAAAUCUUGGUCCUCCAAGUAUGGAAGUUCCUGCGCUUAAACCUGUGGAGGACAAAUCUCCUACCAUUUAAAGAAGUAAUAUCCAGUAGUAUUUUAUAUAUUUCAUAUGAUUAUGUAAUAAUUCAACUCUGAUCGAGUGUACUCCUUUCUACUCCCUCCGUUCCGAAUUACUUGUCUUUGAUUUGUCUAGAUACGGAUGUAUCUAGACUCAUUAUAGUGCUAGAUACAUCCGUAUAUAGACAAAUCCAAGACAAGUAAUUUGGAACGGAGGAAGUAUUUGUCUAGUCUGCACUAAAUUAUG